AGAAAGUUCUUCGACUUACUCGGUAUCCAUGGUAGUCGACAACAAAAUUAUUCUGAGAAAAAAUCAGGGAUGUUUCGUUAGACUCUCACGAGACUAAAUAAAAACAGAAAGAAAUUGAUGAAGAGGAAAACAGAACUAUAGAUUAUUCCAAAGAUGAGAAAGACAAGAAGGAAGUUGAUAUGUUACACUGUCUGUAUCGUGUUUUUCCUGUCGUAUGUUACCUUCAGAGGACUUCAACAGCUUCAUACACCCUUGGAAACUUUGUCAUAUCGUAUAAAAGAUCAAAAUAUCCAUCAUCAAAAGAAUGCUCUUUAUUCUGUUUUAAUUAAUUCAAACAACUUCGCCAUUUCUCUUGGAACAUCUGCAAAACCAUUCAAAGCUUUCAAAAUACGUAGCUUCUCAUCAGAAAAACUCGCCUUCAGACAUAAAUUACUCCCGAAAUUUGAAAAAAAUGAAGAGGGAAAAUGCAAGAAAUGGGCAGUUCUGACCACAAUCUUCGAACCUUCGGAAGCCCUUCGGCGUUUCCUAUACCUGCCUUCAUGGUGUGUCGUGGUUGUUGGGGAUUUAGACAAACCUAAAAAGUAUAACAUUCCAUCAUCAUUAAAAAGACGUAUGAUAUUUCUCAAUCAUGAGGAUCAGAAGAAAAUGGGAUCACAAUUUGUUGACCAUUUACCUUGGCACAGUUUCAGCAGGAAAAAUAUCGGAUUUCUAUUUGCCAUUUCCCAUGGUGCAGAGAUCAUUUGGGACUUUGAUGACGACAAUAUGCUAAAAUUUUGGCUGGAGAACGCUGCAGUUGAUCCUAACCAAUGGAUACAGACUUUCUUACAAACAAAAGUAUCUGUAUCUGAAAUUGAGAAAGACAAACGAACCUUAUUUUUUAAUCCUUACAAUUAUUUGGGAUCCAAAGAACAAAAAAUAUGGCCUCGAGGAUUGCCUUUAAAAGAAAUAGUACCUUUAAGAAAUCAAACAUUUAAAUUCGUCCAAACUGAAUUUCCUUUAGCGAACAUUGGCAUUUUGCAGUCGCUUGCUGACCAUCAACCAGAUGUUGAUGCUAUAUAUAGACUGACAGAGCAUACACCAUUUUAUUUCGAGAAAGUACAUUCAAAAGUAAAGAAUACAAUUAUUUUACCACAUGGACUCUACUCUCCAAUGAAUGCACAAGCCACUUUACAUUUUCAGAAAGCCUUCUUUUGCUUGUAUCUUCCGGUGACGGUAAAUGGACGGGUUUCUGAUAUCUGGCGGAGCUACAUUGCCGAGGUUCUACUUCCCUUCAGGGGACUUCAUGUUGGCUUUUUACCCAGGCCGCUUGUAGAUCAAGAUCGAAAUGUUCAUAACUAUGAAGGAGACUUCAAAUCGGAAAUUCCACUUUACAUACAAACUAGUUCUUUUGUGUCUGUUUUGGAGUCAUGGAGGAAAAAUAUCACUAAAGUUGAUGAUCAUAAAAAGCGUUCCUUGGAAGAUUUAAUGGAAGACCUCUACGUUACUCUAUAUGAAUGGGGUUUCAUCGAAAUAGAUGAUGUUGUGAACAUCCAGUUAUGGUUGAAGUCUAUAAAUUCCGUUGGAUAUGAUUUAGGCCUUAGUAAUAAGAGAAAUACUGCUAAGAAGCCUUCUGGGUUUAUAGUGAAUGUGGGAUCUAAUAUUCUUUCCAGACCUACAGGGAUGCCAAAUAAAUGUGUAGACCUGACAAAGAAAAAGAUGUCCGCUACAUUUUGGACUUCCGACUUGCACGAUGGAACAAGAAUCGAUGUACCCUCUUUACUAUCCAGUUUGGGGCAAAGGUUCUAUAUAGCAGGCAUCAAAGGGAGCAGAUCGCCCUAUCCAGAAGUAUUUGGUCGCCCUGGUAUAAACAUCUACGGAAAUUUAUCAAUGGAAUUAAAGAAUUACAAAACUCAUUCUACGCCUUUAUCGGAAAUAAGUAUCAAGAAAAAUGCUGAAUUUUACAGAGACGAUUCAACAUUCAAAAGUGUUGAUGCUUUCUAUUGUUCAUUUCCUGCUUCUAUGUGUGAGCUGUGGAUGCCAUUCAAUGAAACAAAGUCAAUUUUAUUUCUACCCUCGCAUAGGUAUAAUUUAGGUCGCUGUAAUGUAGAGAGUUGGCAACAACUUAAUGUCAAAUUACAUCGCCUGGCAAAAAUGAAAACGGAUCUUGGUUCCAAACAUGUUAUUGGUGCUGACAAUCGAUAUGAUUAUGAAUAUCUUUAUCACUACACCGGUAUCAAAUCUCUUGAGCUAAUAUCUAGUUUUUCAGGAUUUUACACCGAAAAAGCUGUGUAUAAUCCAACAAAGAAAGAAAUUCUUGCUGUUUUUGUCAAAGGUGGAGAAAUUCCACCCGUUUUAAAAGAUGUAAAUUUCAAUGUGACUUUUCUUUUCCAUAAGUAUAUAUAUUACACGUUAAAUGACUUGACGAGUUAUCCAGCUGUUAUAUUUAUCCCAUAUUCCGUUCACUCUUUUAAGAUUACAGAACUCUACUCACUAAACAUACCUCUAUUUGUUCCGAGUCUAAAGUACUUCCGGCAAAAUGGCGGAUUGGGAUCUGAUCGCACAAGCACAAGUGCACCGUACUGUCAAGAAGAUAAAGAUCUGUGGAGGAAAAUGAAGAAGCACCCAUCCAGUUAUCAUUCGUUCAACCCUAACGCUGAAUUCAGGGAUAAUCCCGAAGAUGAAAUGUAUUGGUUGCAAUUCAGUGACUUUUAUGAUUGGCCUCAUAUACAAUAUUUUGAUGACAAAGUAGACUUGGAAAGAAAAAUGGCCGAAAUAUCUGAGGCUGACUUGAUACAAAUUCACCAAAAUAUGAGAAAGGAAAAUGAGAUACGAAAAUAUGUUCUUCUUAAUAAAUGGUGUGACAUUAUUCCGAAAAUCAAACACAAAUAAAGGAAGGCAUUAAAUAAAAUAUAUU